UGAUUUCAUAUUUAAGUCAACUUUAUAAAACUACAAUUUUUGAUUUUAUUAUAUUUAAUAUGUUUUAGGACUACAACUGAAAACUUUUUUAACGAUAAUGAGCGGAAAAAUAUUAAAAUCUCCGAUACCUACCAUUCCCUAUCCGGAGAUAUCGGUUGCCAAAUACAUAAUCAAUCGACUCAUACAAUUUAAUGGACAAAAAACUGUUUUGGUCGACUGUCCCACUGGCCGUCGCCAUAAUGCACUACAAGUGUCUGACCACAUCCUUAACAUUGCGGCCGCUUUUAUUGAAAUGGGAUUAAAUAAAGGAGAUAUCGUAUUGUUUGUCAGUCCAAACAGCGAUUAUUAUGCAAUCGGCUUAUUGGGUGUCAUUGCGGCCGGUGGUGUCUUCACCAGUUGUAGUGAACUCAGUUCAUAUCGUGAACUAUUUAAUGCUGUUGAGGUAACUAAACCUAAAUAUUUGGUUAGCACUUACCAUCAUUUGGACAAUUGUCUCAAAAUUGCUGAUGAAUUUCCCGGAAUAAAAAAAAUCAUUUAUAUUGCAAACGAUUGGAAAUCAAAUUUGGAUCCACGGGUUGUCUCAUAUUUCAAACUCUAUGAAUACAAUCGACACAAUUGUGACUAUGAAUUGCCAAAACGGGUCGACUGUAAGAAAGAUAUGGCAGCACUGUUGUUGUCGUCGGGAUCUACAGGUCUGCCCAAACCGAUAAUUAGGAGUCACCAGAAUGUUAUAAACUUAACUCAUCAGUUCCAGCACAAGGAGGUGUGGGGUCUCACUGAGAAAAGUGUACAGUCGUGUCAAAACACAUUUUGUCAUUCAGGAGGACUCACCUUUUUGUUGCACUCAAUAGCAUCGGGAGCUGUAGCGGCAAUUAUGCCAGGUUUUGAAAACAACAAAUUUAUUAAUUAUAUUGAAAAAUAUAAGAUAACGGGAGCAUUUCUGGUACCAUCAUAUGUCAUAAGUUUGGCCAACACUGACGUCACCGAUAAAGAUGUUUUGUCAUUCAAAGAAAUCAUAUGUGCCGGUUGUCCACUACCUGAAGGAAUAGCCGAUAAAGUGGUCAACAAUUUAAAACUUGAAUACUUUCGCCAGGGUUAUGGUAUGACUGAAGUUGGCUUUUGUACCCAAGUCUACCGAAGCGCAAAUAUGGCUCACAAACGAUCGGUUGGUUGGUGUGUACCCGACUCUCAAGUCAAGGUAAUUGAUCCAAAAACAAAGCAACUGUUGGGUGCAAAUCAAAUCGGAGAGAUUUGGAUUAAGAGUCUUCAGGAGACUCCGGGAUAUUUCAAUUUAGACGAAUUGAAUAAAGAGUCGUUUGAUGAUCAAGGCUUCCUCCGAUCGGGUGAUGCCGGCUAUUAUGACGACAACGAUCUCCUAUACGUAAUGGACAGGUAUAAGCAAAUAAUUAAAGUCGAAGGCGUUAUUGUGUUGCCGUCUGAGUUGGAGUAUCUAUUGCUCACUCACGAGGACGUGUCCGAAGCGGCGGUCAUUGGUGUCAAACAUGACUACUAUGUGGAAGUGCCUAAAGCUUUCGUUAAACUUAAGCCCAAUAGGAAAGUGACGACAGAGCAGCUCAUUGAGUACAUCGAUGGACAGGUAAAUAGUUUUAAGAAACUUAGAGGUGGACUAACUGUUGUCAAAGAGUUACCGAAAACUCCUUUGGGAAAGAUUAACAAAACAUUGCUUAAAUGA